AAUACAAAGAUAGACUCUUGCAUUUCAAUCCAAGUCUCUACUACAGUAGUUACUUGCUAUUAUCUACUUUCGAAUCACUGCCACCGAGGUAUUGCGCGUCGCACCCCUCCCAUGUGAGGCUUAGCCGUGCUACUUGGCGGCUCUUACGGCCCUGUUUUGGUGGGAAAACGCCACGCUCCUCCUGGCACCAGCCUCAACCUUGAAAUUGACGUAUCCUGUCCUUACCUUAACUUACACUCUCAACCAACUUAAAAACGCCAUCCCCAGCACCAAUUGCUGUUCCGCCACCUCUGCAACACCAUCUUGAGUACUUCAAACACAUCCAACAUUUCAUCCAUCGACACCUUCACGCGUUAGGCACAAUUGUAGCCUGUAUCAUGGCCGCAACGGGCGUCACUUCCAGGGAGCAGAUCGCUUUCCGGAGAGGGAAUCUGGAUGGGAGGCCACUGUCACCAAAGGAGCGUGAGCAGAUGCUCAAGCCGUUCCUCCCACCAGAGCCCGAAUCCACCAAGGGAAGCCCAAAGGCACAGAAGCAGAAACAACAAAAAAGAAGCUCGCGACUCAUAAAACACACCCUUCAUGUCCUUAUACAUGCUGUGAUAUCCUUCAUCUUCUCCGUCUUCUUUCGAUUUCGUCGUAGCUGGCGCCAUGUCAAGAGUAAAGUUAGCUCCUACAUAUGGCAUCACCACCGGACGCCUGAGUUCAUACAGCGCGACGUCAAGCAUUUGAACAAGUUGCCCCAUCAUUUGAGCGUCGUCCUGGACUACCAUGAGGGCGACGAUGAUCAAGGCGACGCUGGUCUGGAAGGACUUGUGAAGAACCUCCGUGAAGUUGCAGCGUGGACUGCUUCUGCCGGCAUUCCUUUCCUGAGUGUGUACGAACGUACAGGAAAACUCAAGAACUACAUACAACAAACCCACUCUGCUAUUUCAGGAGAGCUUGAAGCCUUCUUUGGGCCCCGCCGCAAACCCACCCUAUCUGUCCGCGCUCCUCACAUCCGAUCGUACUCUCCACCUUUAACACCACCAUCUCGUGCAACAUCCCCCGAUCCCACCGAAACGAAGGACGAACGACAACAUCUGACUGUUCUCCUACUUUCUGCUGAGGAUGGAAGGGAUACCAUGGUCGACCUUACAAAGACAUUGUCAGAUAUGGCACAGAGCGGAACUUUACGGCCAGACCAGAUCGACACAAACUUGAUCGACGCGGAGCUACGUGAGGCUGUCUCCACAGAUCCAGAGCUCUUGAUACUCUUCAGCCCGGUGGUGCAGCUCAAGGGGUACCCACCUUGGCAAUUGCGGUUGACCGAGAUCUUCCAUGUACCUGACAACAAAGGCGUCAAUUACCAGGUCUUCCUACGUGCUCUUUGCAACUUUGCAAAGGCAGAGAUGCGCGUGGGCAGGUGAUACAAAAGCAAUUGUUUCGAUGUAUCUUUCUUAAUAGAAUAAUUGUAAUAUAAAAUCCUUCACGAGUCACUACCUUGUCAAAAAAAGCAUUAUACAAUCAACUUUGUUGCACGGCUAAUUGAUCAGGUAUGAAAAAAUUAAUUACUUCAUCUGCUCGGAUACACGUUAUUGUUGGUGGGCUUCAAGUCCCCAUUUCCAUGAAUGCGGAUGUCUUCCUUCAUUCCUCUCAGCAUGAAAGCAAAUC